AUGGACACACAACGAGAAGAUAAACUACGAAAACAGAAAAGCCUGCUCCAGGCUGUCCAGCGCGGAAACUUCGAUAAAGCUUAUAAACUUUUGGUGGAGGAGGGUGUGGACUCGAACUUCAAGAGUGACUCCGGCUGGACACCCCUCCAUGUAGCAGCUCACACAGGCUGUUUCGAAUUAGCUUCCCUGCUUUUGGAUUACGGCGCAAGUCCAGACGCUAGAUCGCCAGACAACUCUACCGCGCUUCAUUAUGCAACACAGCCUGGGAAUGAAUACUUCAAAAUAGCUCAAGAGCUUCUGGACAACUGGGCCGAUCCAAACGCUAAGAAUACAGAUGGAUCAACGCCACUCCACAAAGCUGUUGAGCGGCAGAGCUUUGCAGUUGCGAAGCUGCUCCUCGAAUCUGGUGCAGAUAGCUCAACUUCAGAUCAUUGCGGUGCCACCCCAUUCAACUUUGCAAAAGCGGGAAACAUGGCACGUUUAUUACUUGGCGACAACAUAAAUUACCCUAAACCUGCAAUUAUGACCCCCUUGUUCGGCAUUUCAGUCAACGGAAAUCGCCACGAUGAUGCAAUCAAGCCAGUUGCCAAUACUUCGAAGACCAGCUACCUCAUAGUUCAGUGCCGAUUUCCCCUCGAUGAGUCAGAUAAAGAGGAUUUAAGCCAAGAGGGUCUUGAGUUCCAUGACUACGUCUGUAAGAACACAUACUUGUGCAGAUAUCUAGGGACCAACCUGGACAGACUUCGUGAAAUAGAGCCUAUUGUCUAUGUGGAUGUCUACCGUUCACAACUCAAACUCGAUAUAAAUCUCUCGAAGUUGCUAGCUGCCUCCAUCGACAGGAAAAUUGAAGUCCGUAUCAUCUUUCACGAUGAUAUAGACACAUCAUCCGAAAUUCUUCAGGAUCGUAUUGCAACGGCAUCACAUGUGCAUCGAAAGAAGAUUGGCUUUUUUUCACACGGCGCUCGCCUCGCCGUCAACAGCUCACGUCUACACGAAAUAGCAAAUAUCGACGAGGUUCGCCGAAUUGAAGAAGAUCCGAAAAUCGUGCCAAUGAAUGACCACGCCCGAUUGAUAUUGGGAUGCGAUCCCCAGCCACAACCUGACACAUCACAACAGGCAACAUACCAAAGACACCAGCAAGCUAUCGCAGUCGCGGAUACGGGGCUUGAUCUAGGGUCAGCAUCGACAAUCCACAGCGCGUUUAGUGAUCGCGUCAUAGCCUGGCAAACAUUCCACGGAACAGCCGUGGACGAAUGCGGCCAUGGUACUCAUGUCUGCGGCUCGGUUGUCGGAAACGGCACGUAUCGCGGUAAUCCCAUUAUGGGAACCGCGCCUCAGGCCACUUUGAUGGUCCAGUCUUUAUGGCGUCCUGAGAUUGAGACGCCAGAGGAGACGACAAAGGCGGAGAUUGUUUUACCGGAUGAUCUCGAGAAACUCUUUACUCGCCCAUACUUUUCUUACAAUGUACGUGUGCAUGUUAAUGCUUGGGGACCAGAAACGAAGGAUACGUACCACUAUGGGUAUACCGACGGCGCAAGAACAAUCGAUUCUUGGGUAUGGAACCACAAAGACAUGAUAAUAUGUUUCGCUGCCGGGAACAGAGGCUCCUACGACCAGAAUGGGGAAGUUGUGUUCGGACAGAUCGGAGCCUAUCCCGCCGCGAAGAAUUGCAUCACCGUUGGUGCCUGUGAAAGCGAACGACCGGGUAUGUCUGUCAAAUACGGAGAUGUCGUAAGUGGUCUCCCUGUAAAUAUCGCCUCCCAGUUCACGGCGCAGCACCGCUCACGUGUCGCUCCUUUUAGCAGCCGCGGUCCUACAAGGCGAGAUGACAAUGAUCGUGCACUUAUCAAGCCUGACAUCGUAGCGCCAGGCACUCUAAUCUUGUCAAGGAACUCUCUCGGGAGGCCCUCCACUAACCCACCUCAGUGGCCCGCUCCUCAUGAUGACGAGUGGUGUUAUAUGUCAGGGACUAGCAUGGCCGUAGCUCUGCUUGCAGGCUGUGCGGCCGAUUUACGCGAAGCCCUCAUCGACCACCAGCAUAUUCGUUCCCCGAGCGCUUCGCUGGUCAAGGCGCUCCUCGUCAAUGGGGCCGAACUUUUAUCCCCCGAGCCUCACCCCGAUAACCAUUCGGGUUUCGGACGCGCCGAUUUGGAACAUUCCCUACCAAUCGUCUGUGGCGCCGAGGGCACGGGAAUGUCCGAGGCCAUACUCGACAACAACACUCUUGAGUUUACCACCGAGGUGUUAGUUAAAUCAGAACAUACCGCUUUCAAGGUCACGCUGGUCUGGACUGAUCCUCCAGGUAAUUCGAUUAUGAAUCCACUCCGCUUAGCGCUGAAAAAGGUCAUGAAUAGGGAUGGCGUUGAAUCCGUCGACAAUCUGCUUCCGAAGUUCCCUCAUAACAAUGUCCAGCAAAUAUUCGACAAAAAUAUAUGUCAAGGAAAAUUCAUCAUUACUGUCAGAACCAGGCGCUUGAAGGUAUCUCCACAGCCAUUUUCUCUUGUUUGGCGACUCUUCCCUUAA